GAGUCGGGCUCCAGCGGAAGAUGGCGGCGGUGGCGGGGGGAGCCAUGGCUCCGGCGCCUGAGGAGGGAGGAGAAGGGGAGGCCACUCCACCGGCGGCUCCAGAAGCUAUGGCCGGAGAAACCUCGGGGUCAGCCGAGCAGGGAACCGGAGACUCGGAGACCGGGGGGGAUGCUUCUCUGGGCGAUGUCACUGCCACCCUAGAGACAGAAUCGUCCAGUGGAAAGGAUGCAUUGGAGGGUGUUGGGGACAGUUCUGAAGUCAUGGAUAAUCAGACCGGCUCCGUUGAUGAAGAGAAUGGAAGACAGUUGGGAGAGAUUGAGCUGCAGUGUGGCAUUUGCACCAAGUGGUUCACAGCAGAAACGUUUGGCAUUGAUACUACGGCUUGUCUACCUUUUAUGACCAACUACAGUUUCCAUUGCAACAUUUGUCAUCACAGUGGGAAUACAUAUUUCUUAAGAAAACAAGCAAAUCUGAAGGAAAUGUGUCUCAGCGCUCUGGCGAACUUAACUUGGCAGUCAAGGUCCCAAGAUGAACACCCAAAAACAAUGUUCUCAAAAGACAAGGACAUUAUACCCUUUAUUGAUAAGUACUGGGAGUAUAUGACGACAAGGCAAAGACCAGGAAAAAUGACGUGGCCGAAUAAUAUUGUAAAAACAAUGUGUAAAGAAAGGGAUGUCUUCUUGGUGAAAGAGCAUCCAGACCCAGGAAGCAAAGAUCCAGAGGAAGAUUACCCCAAAUUUGGACUCUUAGACCAGGACCUUGGUAAUAUUGGCCCUGCAUAUGAUAACCAGAAACAGAGCAAUACCGUAUCUACUAGCGGAAGCCUAAAUGGUGGAGCCUCUUUGGGAGUCAAACGACACACAGAUUUGUGGUGUUUCCCUUCCCAAGGGGGUAUCGUAGCAGGAACUAGUGGGAAAGGAAGAGGAGCUAAACGCAAGCAGCAAGACGGAGGGACUACAGGAACAGCCAAGAAAACCAGGAGUGAUCCCUUGUUCUCCGCUCAGCGUCUCCCACCUCACGGCUACCCGUUGGAGCACCCUUUUAAUAAAGAUGGAUACCGUUACAUUUUGGCUGAGCCUGACCCCCAUGCGCCUGACCCAGAGAAGCUGGAGCUAGACUGCUGGGCAGGCAAGCCCAUUCCUGGAGAUCUCUAUAGAGCCUGCCUAUACGAGCGUGUCCUCCUAGCUCUGCACGACCGAGCCCCUCAGCUGAAGAUCUCGGACGACAGGCUGACAGUCAUAGGAGAAAAAGGGUACUCCAUGGUGCGAGCCUCACAUGGUGUGCGGAAGGGGGCCUGGUACUUCGAGAUAUCGGUGGAUGAGAUGCCUCCAGAAACGGCUGCCAGGCUUGGCUGGUCUCAGCCACUAGGGAACCUUCAGGCUCCCCUGGGCUACGACAAGUUUAGCUAUUCCUGGCGCAGCAAGAAAGGCACAAAAUUCCAUCAGUCCAUCGGUAAACAUUAUUCAACGAGCUACGGCCAAGGGGACGUGCUCGGUUUUUAUAUCAGCCUUCCCGAAGAAACCGAAACCGCCAAAUCGCUGCCUGACACUUACAAAGACAAGGCUUUGAUCAAGUUCAAAAGCUACUUGUACUUUGAAGAGAAAGACUUUGUGGAUAAAGCGGAAAAGAGUUUAAAGCAAGCACCAGGAAGCCAAAUAAUCUUCUAUAAAAAUGGUGCCAGCCAAGGAGUUGCAUACAAAGACGUUUUCGAAGGUGUUUAUUUCCCUGCCGUCUCUCUGUAUAAAGGCUGCACGGUUUCUAUAAACUUUGGGCCCUACUUCAAAUACCCUCCAAGAGAUAUCAGUUACCGCCCGAUGAGUGACAUGGGGUGGGUUGCGGUGGUAGAGCACACGCUAGCAGACGUCCUCUAUCAUGUGGAAACAGAAGUCGAUGGAAGGCGCAGCCCACCUUGGGAACCUUGAAAGACGUUGUGUAUAUAUUAUUUUUUACAAAAA